UUAGACAAUUAAGGCUGAGUCAGGAAAUAUCUCCAUUUCUUAACAUGAUUAAAUUUACUGAAGACUAGCCACAGUACAGUACAGUCACUAUAGAGACAGGUAUUACUGAAUCAAAGAGGCCUCAAGAUUACUGAAUACAAUGGGGGGCAAUGAAUCUCAACUGAGACAUGCAGCAGAGAGUUUACCUGAUGAGGAGCGGUACAUGGGACUGACGAAUUUUGGCAACACAUGCUAUGCCAACUCAGUCAUUCAGAGUCUCUACUUCUGUAGACCGUUUCGUAACAAAGUGCUCAGUUACAAGCCCCCUGAUACAGAGGAAGAAGUCAAGAUGCCGGACACACUAUUGUCAGUAUUGUCGGAGCUGUUUGUUCAAAUCUCCACCUCCCGUUCCAGAUUCGGAGUUAUCCACCCCAAGAAAUUUAUCAGCAAAGUAAAGAAAGAGAAUAUUGCUUUCGACAACAUGCAACAGCAGGAUGCCCACGAAUUCCUAAACUAUUUGCUCAACACCAUAGGAGAUCUGUUGGAUGCUGAUCUAAAGACGAGUGGCCCGGGGCAAUCUACAGGGUGCACUUGGAUCCAUGAGUUGUUUCAAGGCACGCUGACGAACGAGACCAAGUGUCUGAGUUGUGAGACUGUGCGUAGCAAAGAUGAGGACUUUCUGGACCUCUCAGUUGACGUGGAGCAAAAUACCUCUCUCACACACUGUCUCAAAGGUUUCUCCUCAUCUGAGAUGCUGGCUAUGGAGUCCAAAUAUUACUGUGAGAAGUGCUGCAGCAAGCAGGAGGCCACCAAGAGACUCAGAGUGAAGAAGCUACCCCAGAUACUGGCUCUUCACCUCAAGAGAUUCAAGUUUAUGGAGCAGAGUCAGAGGUUCACCAAGCUGUCUUAUCGAGUGACCUUUCCUUGGGAAUUGAAGCUUUUCAACACAUCUGAUGAUGCUGAGAACCCGUACAGAAUGUAUGACUUGACAGCUGUGGUAGUCCACUGUGGAAGUGGACCCAACCGAGGGCAUUACAUCACGAUUGUCAAGAGUCAUGGCUACUGGCUACUCUUUGAUGAUGAUAUUGUGGAGGAGAUGGAGCCUCACAGUAUUGAAAGUUUCUUUGGACUGACAGAGUCUCAGAAAACAGCCCCCAACGAGUCUGGCUACAUUCUAUUCUAUCAGUCUAGGGACACAGCAGAACCAAAUCAAUAGCAUAGAGCACAAUUUUGUUUUUAAUGGCAUGCGUAUUGUAUGUGUGUGUGGUUUGAUGUUUUCUUUUCUUCCAAAAUAAGUAAUAUAAUGUAUGAAUUCUUCUAAAGCAAAAAAAUAAUGAUUUAAUCACA